GACAAAACGUCGACAAUUAUAUUUGGUUGUUAUAGGUCUUUUGUUUCUUUUAGUUUUAAUUUAUAGUACGAAUUUGUAUUUUAUGAAUUGGCUUGCUCACGAUGAUACGAUGCCAUCAGUGCCAGAUGCAUUGCUAAAACGGCAAGAAAAAAACUCACAGGUACAUUUGGGUAACGAGAGUGAUAUCCGCUCGGGACAACGAGCAGCGAAGGAUGCGUAUCCUAUGUUGAAUCGAAUUCAGGCAGUAGUGGAGACCAGAGCUACCACACUGAAGACCGUUUUCAAAAACAAAAAUCCUCGUUAUUAUCCCGUAAAACGUGGAUUACUCCGGUCGUUCAGUAGCAAAAGCUUUAACAUAUCAACUGUAUGGAAGAUUGCUGGAUCGUGGCCCAGUGAGAACGACAUAUAUCCUCAGAAGGAUGAAAAAAUUGGUAAAGUUAUACGAGCUUUACAGGAAGCGCAAAUUUUAGGAGCCAGAAACACUCCUCGAGGAACCCAAUUGAAGUUGCUGUUCGAUUUAGCUGGGAAACAAACAGUACUGUUCAAGCCUUGCUGGUAUAGUAGAAAUACCACCAUAGAUGGCAUGGUGUAUUCCGGAAAGGAUCGCCACAAUUCGGAAAUUGUUGCUUUCCAUCUGGCGGCGAUAUUGAACCUUCGCUGGACACCGAUCGUUGUAGGGCGUCGAAUUUCUUUGCUGGAAAUUUACCGACUGGCAGAUCAAGAACUUAAGGAGACUAUGAUUAAAAACAACACCCAUCAAUGUGUUUAUGGUAAAUGCUAUUACUGUAAAGAAAGUGAGGCUGUUUGUGGUGAGACAAUCACGGGUAAUGUAGAAGGUGCUUUGCUCUUGCUUAUUCCUGGAAAGUUUGCUAAGUACCGUUCACCCUGGCAGAGAACCUAUCAGAACGGUGUAGCAGCUGAGUGGGAGAAAACGGAUGCCUAUUGUACUAAAGUUAAGGAAAAACUGCCAUUAGUUCGAUUACUCGAUUUAAUCGAUGUAGCCGUUUUUGAUUUUCUCAUACAAAACGGUGAUCGGCAUCAUUACGAAACUCGCGAAGAUAGGGUUUUACUGUUGGACAACGGAAAAGGAUUUGGCAAUGCAUUUAAGGACCAUUUUGAUAUACUGGCGCCGCUAUACCAGUGUUGCAUGAUUCGUAAAACUACUUGGGAACGGCUGCAAAUUUUCUCCGGUGGAGCCCUUACGGAAACUCUAGUCGAAUUGAAUGAGAUUGAUCUGCUGUAUCCAUUACUGACCAAAGACCACUACAUAGGUAUCGAAAGACGUUUAAUUAUGGUUUAUACAACCGUUGAAUUGUGCAAGGAGAAAUAUGGCAACAAAGUGUUCAGAUAGUGUCUUGUUGAUUUGAUUUCUUU